AAUUAGACAAGAAUUACAGUGAGGAUCAGCUUUGUCUUGAUUCUUCUUGAGCCCGGUUCCAAUUCGAAUCGAACCGAAAAUAGACAUGCCCACCGGGAAGGAGGGCAACUAUUGAGCUCGCGAGUCUGUUACGGCCAAAGUAUAGGCUCGAGUCGCUCGACUGCGGAGAAAAUUCCAUCAGGGAAGGGAAGCCCCUAAAUUGAUUUCGCAUGCUAACCCGAUCCUGGGUAAGUUGAUAGUCGGAAGCAGGCCCAACAGCAACAUCUACGCGCAGUGAAGUCGCAGAAGAUAGGAGGCAAAGCUCAAACUUGGAAUUUUAAAACUUGGACGAGCCAGAGGCUUCCAGAAUAGGCGAAAAUUAGUUGGCUUUUUUGCCUCGAGACUCUUCCGUUCAAUACAAACGAAAUCUUUUGCUUCAUCACUGAUAUCAACGGGGCAUUUUUAGUUUACUGUCCCAGUCAGAAAUUCAUGCCGGGAUUCGCUCCUCUCCGUAAAGGACAACAAAGCUCUACAUUGAGCAGGGCUGAGGCAGAACUGCAGAACCAGGCUAAGCACAGCCGUGACAUUAUAUAGGGCAAAGGCAGAAUCAAGGGAGUUCUUGUUUCUCGACAUACUUGUAGAGCCAUAGGUCAGUGUUACUUACUUAAGCAACAGCCAUAAAAGACGCCAUUCAUAAUCCUUUAGCUCUGCAAUCCAAACAUAUUCCUCUCUCCAUGCAAAAAUGCACAACCCUCAACCACCUCAAACAAAUUCAUGCUCAUCUGCUCAAACUCCCCGAGAGCCCUUCCUCCAUCGCUCCGCUUUUCUCCUUCGCUGUCUCCUCAAAGAACCCAGAUUUCUUUGGGUACGCGACUGCUAUUUUUCAGAACCUUCGGUUCCGAAGCACAUUCCUGUACAAUACAAUGAUCAGAGGAUACGUGCAAUCCCAUUUGCCUGUGUCCGCAAUUCUUUGUUACAAAGAGAUGCUCAGCUGUAAUCUUAUUGUCAACAAUUAUACGUUCACACCCCUUGUCAAGGCAUGCUCUAUGGUCUUAGACGUCUUUAAGGGAAUGGGGUUUUCAGUACAUGCCCAUGUACUGAAACUAGGGUUUUAUCAAGAUCGUUUUAUUGCUAGUGCGUUGAUUGAGUUUUACUCGUUGGCGCUUGAUGUGGGUAAAGCCAGUAUGCUGUUUGAUGAAAGUCCUGACAGAGAUGUGGUGUUGUGGACGACAAUGAUUGAUGGGUAUGGGAAAAUUGGGAAGGUCGAGAAAGCCAGACAACUAUUCGAGGAAAUGCCAAGCAGAAAUGUCAUCUCUUGGAGCACAAUACUGGCAGCUUAUUCACUGGUUAGUGAUUUUAAAGAAGUUUUAUUGUUAUUUAAGAAAAUGGAAGAUAUUGGAAUGAUGCCUAACGAGUCCGUUCUUGUGAGUGCGGUCACAGCUUGUGCUCAUCUUGGCUCAUUAGAGCAAGGCUUGUGGAUUCACUCCUUGGCAAAACGUUACAGGUAUGAUUCAAACCUUAUCUUAGCCACUACAAUAGUGGAUAUGUACUCGAAAUGUGGUAGAAUGGACUUUGCUCUAUCUGUCUUUGAGGGAAUAUCUUGUAAAGAUACCGGAUCGUGGAAUGCUCUUUUAUCAGGAUUUGCAAUGAAUGGAGAUGCAUUAAAAUCUCUUCGGGUCUUUGAUGAAAUGAUGUCAAGUGGGGCACAACCUAAUGAGACCACAUUCGUUUCUCUUCUUUCUGCCUGCACUCAUGCUAAACUAAUAGACAGCGGCCUUAUAUUAUAUGACAAAAUGAGUAGUGUUUAUGGGGUGAAACCAAGAUUUGAGCAUGACGCAUGUGUGGUAGACCUCUUAGCAAGGGCUGGUGAGUUAGAGGAAGCCGAGAAGUUCAUUGAAGAGAAGAUGGGUGGUAUAGAAAAGGGUGAUCCUAAUGUUUGGGGGGCAUUAUUGAGCGCUUGCAGGGUACACGGUAAUGUUGAAGUUGGUGACAGAUUAUGGAAAAAACUCUCUUCUAAUCCAAUGACAGCCCCCUAUGGUGGUCACAUGCUUUCUUACAUAAUGUAUAAGGAGGCUGGCUGGGAUGCAGAGGCUAGGAAUGUCAGACAAAUGAUUGAGAAGUCUGGAUUGAAGAAGAAACCUGGAUGUAGUGCUAUAGAAGUGAAUGGUGUGGUUGAAGAAUUCCUCGCGAGUGAUCUCUUGCAUCCCAAGGCCUGCGAAAUUUGUGAUUCUCUAGUUAAUGUGAUGUAUUUAGCUCAGUAAAGAAGUUCCAGAAUUUAUCAUAAUGCAGUGUUUUUCAUUUCAUAAUUCGUGUACAAUAAAUUGAUGAAUCAUUACCCACUGGAAUAUCAUUUUUUUUGUAAAUGUUUUCUUGGAUU